CGACCAGUCGUCCCUUUUGAUUUCUCUCUCGAUUAUUUCCUUUUUCUUUGUUUUUUAGAGUUCUUGGAUUCAUCAGAUAUUGGAAAAGGUUGCGCAUUGGAUGUGGUUUUACACUGCCUCUGCUGAUUUAUGGAGAUUUGAAUUUAAACGUGCUUGAGUUGAUUUACUUGAGAUGAUUUGAUUUGCAGUACAGUACACAAGGAGAAAAGGUUUUGACUAAAUUAAUUAAUUAGUUAAAGUUGUGAGAUCCGGAGUGGGUGAAGAAGAGUAUAAAAGAUGGAGGCUUCACAGAGAAGAGGUGGAGGUGGUGGUGGUUCAAUGGUGCCGAUAUCGCCAUUGCAAACACCACGUUCCAGUGAUAAGGCCGGGAAAGAUCUACGAUCGGGGGAGGGGAGUAUCAGCGGAAAGCACGAUAAGGAUAAAGGUGUUAACGUACAGGUUAUUGUACGCUGCAGGCCAUUGAGUGAGGAUGAGGUGAGAUUGCAUACACCGGUGGUGAUUUCUUGCAAUGAGAAUAGGAAAGAAGUCUGUGCUGUUCAGAAUAUUGCUAAUAAGCAGAUUGAUAGGACUUUCCUCUUUGACAAGGUCUUUGGUCCAUCAUCUCAACAAAAGGAUUUAUAUGAUCAAGCUGUCUGGCCCAUAGUAUUUGAAGUUCUAGAAGGCUAUAAUUGCACCAUAUUUGCGUAUGGGCAAACGGGAACAGGAAAGACUUACACAAUGGAGGGUGGAGCAAGAAAAAAGAAUGGGGAAUUUCCAAGUGAUGCCGGUGUUAUUCCAAGAGCUGUUAGACAAAUUUUUGAUAUCUUGGAGGCUCAGAGUGCUGAGUAUAGCAUGAAGGUUACAUUCUUAGAGCUAUAUAAUGAGGAAAUAACAGAUCUUUUGGCACCAGAAGAAUGUUCAAAGUUCACUGAUGACAAGUCAAAGAAACCAAUAGCGCUAAUGGAGGAUGGAAAAGGUGGAGUUCUUGUUAGGGGAUUGGAAGAAGAAAUUGUGACCACUGCAAACGAAAUAUAUAAGAUCUUAGAGAAAGGUUCUGCUAAAAGGAGAACAGCAGAGACUCUUCUCAACAAGCAGAGCAGCCGUUCUCACUCCAUUUUUUCUAUCACUAUUCACAUCAAGGAGUGUACUCCAGAAGGAGAGGAAAUGAUCAAAUGUGGGAAGCUGAAUCUGGUUGACCUUGCCGGCUCAGAGAAUAUUUCACGCUCUGGUGCCAGAGAGGGCAGAGCGAGGGAGGCUGGUGAGAUUAACAAGAGCUUGCUAACACUUGGUCGAGUGAUAAAUGCUUUGGUUGAGCAUUCUGGUCAUGUGCCUUACAGGGAUAGCAAGUUAACAAGGUUGUUGAGAGAUUCUCUUGGAGGGAAGACGAAGACAUGCAUAAUUGCGACAAUAUCCCCUUCCAUCCAUUGUUUGGAAGAGACACUUAGCACCUUAGAUUAUGCUCAUCGAGCCAAAAACAUAAAGAACAAGCCAGAGGUCAAUCAGAAGAUGAUGAAAUCUGCACUAAUUAAGGACUUGUAUUUUGAAAUUGAUCGACUAAAGCAAGAGGUGUAUGCUGCAAGAGAGAAGAAUGGAAUCUACAUACCAAGAGACCGUUAUCUCCAAGAUGAGGCAGAGAAAAAGGCAAUGUCAGAGAAGAUAGAGCGUAUGGAACUUGAUUUAGAUUCCAGGGAUAAGCGACUAGCGGAGGUCCAGGAAUUGUACAAUUCCCAGCAGCAGUUGACUGUUGAACUAAGUGAUAAACUUGAAAAGACUGAGAAAAAGCUUCAGGAAACUGAGCAUGCAUUGUUGGAUCUUGAAGAAAGGCAUAGGCAGGCAAAUGCAACAAUAAAAGAAAAGGAGUACCUGAUAUCUAAUCUUCUUAAGUCUGAGAAAGCACUCAUUGAGCGGGCGCUUGAGCUACGACAAGAACUGGAGAAUGCUGCAUCAGAUGUCACUAAUCUGUUCACCAAGAUUGAACGCAAGGACAAAAUAGAAGAUGGGAACAGAAUUCUUAUACAAAAGUUCCAAUCCGAAUUGACUCAGCAGCUUGAAAUCUUACAUAGAGCUGUAGCAUCCUCAACCAAACAGCAAGAGCAACAACUGAAAGUGAUGGAGGAAGACAUGCAUUCAUUUGUAUCCACAAAGACAGAGGCUACUGAAGAGCUUCGAGGUCAUCUGGAAAAAUUGAAAACCAUGUAUGGCUCUGGUAUCAAGAAUUUAGAUGACUUAGCUGGAGAACUUGAUUCUAACACUCAUUCAACUUUUGGUCGGCUGAACUGUGAAGUUUCCAAACACUCCUCAGCGUUAGAAGAGCUGUUUGGAGGAAUUACUUCUGAGGCUGAAACUUUACUUCAUGAUCUUCAAGAGAGUUUGCAUAGCCAGGAGGAAAAAUUAUCUGCAUAUGCACAACAGCAGCGCGAGGCUCAUAGUAGAGCUGUUGAAUCGACAAGAUCAAUUUCUCAAAUUACAGUGAACUUCUUCAAGACUUUAGAUGGGCAUGCUUCAAAAUUGGGCGAAAUUGUGGAGGAGGCACAGGCAAUUAAUGAUCAGAAACUAUCUGAGCUGGAAAAGAAGUUUGAGGAGUGUGCUGCCAAUGAAGAAAAGCAACUGCUAGCAAAAGUAGCAGAGCUGCUUGCUGGUUCAAAUGCUAGGAAGAAGAAACUGGUUAAAUGUGCAAUUGAUGGACUUCGCGAUAGUGCAGCCACUAGAACCAACAAAUUACAGCAAGAGAUGUCAGUUAUGCAAGAUGCUACUUAUUCUGUUAAAGCUGAAUGGACAGGUUAUACCCAGAAUGCUGAAUCUCAUUAUCUCGAAGAUACAGCUGCAGUGGAAAACGGGAAAUUAGAUAUGGAAGACAUUCUUUCUAAAUGUUUGGAACAAGCAAAAUUGGGUGCACAACAAUGGAAAAAUGCUCAAGCUUCCUUGCUUCAUCUGGAGAGAAGCAAUGUUGCUUCAGUAGAUGAAAUAGUUAGGGGAGGGAUGAACACUAUCGAAGUCUUACGCGAAAGAUUCUCUUCUGCUGUGAGUUCUGCAUUGGAAGAUGCAGAUACUGGAAGCAAGAAUCUCCUCACGUCCAUUGACCGUUCCUUACAACUUGACCAUGAGGCAUGCAGUAAUCUUGAUUCCAUGAUCGUUCCUUGUUGCGGAGAUUUGAGGGAAUUGAAUAGUGGACAUUACCACAAGAUUGUUGAAAUCACAGAAAAUGCUGGAAAGUGCCUCCAAGAAGAGUACAUGGUCGAUGAACCAUCAUGCUCAACGCCAAGAAGACGACCAAUUAAUCCACCUAGCAUUGCUUCCAUCGAGGAACUCAAAACCCCAUCCUUUGAAGAACUGCUAAAGUCAUUUUGGGAUGCAAGGUCGUCGAAGCAGGCAAAUGGAGACGUAAAGCAUAUUUUAGAAGCAGUCGUCUCUUUGAGGGACUCCCGUCUUCCCCUCACCGCCAUCAACUAAAUGGAGUGAGUGAAUUGCUUAACUAGUAUGCAUACAUGUAGCAGUAAGAUUACUAUUGCAGUUUGUACAUAAAAGUAUGGCUUGGGUAUACGAACGACUUAUAUUUGUCUAUUACUGCAUCUAUCAAUGAGCUUAAUUAAUUUUUUCGGGAGAUGAAGCACUUCUAUAGGAAACAGUAGACUAUAGAAUUUCAGUUGUAUGAAAUUCUCUAGUACAUGAUUGUUACUUUGGAUUUUGGUGCUUGUUCUAGGAUGGCAUUCGACCUACUCAUUCAGUAUUUUGUAAUCGGUAAGAAGUGUUUGGAGUACAAAUUUAGUUUUCA